CCGGCCCGAGUCCUGCAGAGUGGUGGUGCUCCCCUGCUGAUGGAAGAAUGGUCGUGCUCAGGCAGUUUGGGCUGCUUCUCUGGAAGAAUUAUAUUCUGCAGAAACGGCAGAUUUUGGUAACAGUCAUAGAGAUCUGCCUGCCGCUGCUGUUUGCUGCCAUCCUGAUCGCGCUUCGUCACCGCGUGCAUUCCGUCAGCCACCCCAAUGCCACCAUCUACCCGCCGCAGUCGGUGGAUGACCUGCCAGCCUUCUUCUACCACCGGCACGCGAGCAACCCCUGGGAGCUGGCGUACGUCCCCUCGGACAGCAGCGCCGUGAGGAGCAUUGCCGAGGCGGUGGAGAAGGCUCUACCCAUCAGCAUUAAAGCUCAAGGCUUCUCCUCGGAGAGGGAAUUUGAGGAAUACGUGAAGUUGGACAACCGCUCUGGCAACGUGCUGGCUGCUGUUGUGUUCAAGCACUCCUUCAAUCACAGCAAGGCCCCCUUGCCCCUGCAGGUUGACUAUGAGCUGCGCUUCAAGUACAGCCCGAGGAAUGCGCCCCGGAGCGAGCAGACGGGCCUGAACCCCAACCUGGACCGGGACUGGCACACCAGCUACCUCUUCCCUCUCUUCCAGUUGCCUGGCCCCAGGGAGGCCAAGUUUGCAGAUGGUGGAACACCAGGAUAUAUCCGGGAAGGCUUCCUGGCAGUGCAACAUGCCGUGGACAGAGCCAUCAUACAGUAUCACACCAAUGCCAGCCUGCUGGAGAACAUCACCGUGGUGGUGCAGCGCUUCCCCUACCCAUCAUACGUCAAUGACCUCUUCCUUCUUGCCAUCCAGAACCAGCUGCCCCUGCUGCUCAUGCUCAGCUUCACCUAUACCUCACUCAACAUCGUCCGUGCCGUCGUGCAUGAGAAAGAGAAGAAGCUGAAGGAGUACAUGCACAUGAUGGGCCUCAGCAACUGGCUGCACUGGAGCGCCUGGUUCCUCAUGUUCUUCCUUUUCCUCCUGGUGUCCGUGUUUUUUGUCACAGUGCUCUUCUGUGUGAAGGUGAGCGAGCAGGGAGCAGUGCUCACCAACAGCGACCCCACGCUGGUGUUCACGUUCCUCGCCGUCUUCUCCAUCUCCUCUAUCUCCUUCAACUUCAUGGUGAGCACCUUCUUCUCUAGAGCAAAUGUUGCGGCUGCUGCUGGUGGGUUCCUGUACUUUUUCUCCUACAUCCCCUACUUCUUCAUCUCGCCUCGCUACGACCUGAUGUCCCACAGCCAGAAGCUGGCAUCCUGCCUCAUCUCCAACGUGGCCAUGGCCAUGGGGGCCCAGCUCAUUGGCAUGUUUGAAGGAAAAGGGACUGGCAUUCAGUGGAGGGACCUCAUGAAGCCGGUCAGCGUGGACGACAACUUUACCUUGGCCCAAGUGCUCGGGAUGCUGCUGCUGGACUCAGCUCUCUACGGCUUGGUGGCCUGGUACGUGGAGGCCGUGUUCCCCGGCGAGUACGGUGUGCCGCAGCCCUGGUUCUUCCUCUUCACGCCCUCAUACUGGUGUGGGCGCCCUCGGACUGUUGUGGGAAAGGAGAAGGAGGAAGAGGAAGACCCCGAGAAGGCCCUGAAGAGCCAGUACAUUGAGGAAGAGCCUGCCGACCUGGUGUCAGGAAUCAAAAUAAAGCAUCUUUCCAAGGUCUUCAAAGUGGGGAACAAGACCAAAGAGGCAGUCAAGGACUUAACCGUGAACAUGUACGAAGGGCAGAUCACCGUCCUGUUGGGACACAAUGGUGCUGGGAAGACCACUACGCUGUCUAUGCUCACAGGCCUGUACUCCCCAACAAGUGGGCAAGCUUACAUCAACGGCUACGAGAUCUCCCAGGACAUGGUUCUGAUCCGACAGAGCCUGGGCUUGUGCCCCCAGCACGACGUGCUCUUCGACAACAUGACAGUGGAAGAACAUCUCUACUUCUAUUCAGGGCUGAAGGGCUACCCAUCUUCCAAGUGCCCGGAGGAGAUCAACCACAUACUGAGGAUCCUGAACCUGGAGGACAAGCGCCGCUGCCUGACGAAGGCUCUCUCUGGCGGCAUGAAGCGCAAGCUCUCCAUUGGCAUUGCACUCAUCGGGGACUCCAAGGUGGUGAUGCUGGAUGAGCCAACGUCAGGGAUGGACCCAGCUUCCCGCAGGGCCACAUGGGACCUCCUGCAGCAGCAGAGGAGCAACCGGACCAUCCUGCUGACCACCCACUUCAUGGACGAGGCUGACCUGUUGGGGGACCGCAUAGUCAUCAUGGCCAAGGGCGAGCUGCAGUGCUGUGGCUCCUCUCUCUUCCUCAAGCGUAAAUAUGGGGCAGGAUAUCACAUGGUGAUGGUGAAAGAGCCGUAUUGUAGCCUGGGGGAGAUCUCCCGCCUCAUCUGUCAGUACGUGCCCAACGCCACCAUGGAGAGCAAUGCCGGGGCAGAGCUGUCCUUCAUCCUGCCCAAAGAGAGCACACACAGGUUUGAGGCACUCUUCACAGAGCUGGAGCAGAAGCAGGAAGAGUUGGGCAUUGCCAGCUAUGGUGCCUCUGUCACCACCAUGGAGGAGGUUUUUCUGAGGGUUGGGAAGCUGGUGGAUUCCAGCAUGGAUAUCCAGGCUAUCCAGCUCCCUGCUCUCCAGUACCAGCAUGAGAGACGCUCCAAUGACUGGGCCAUGGAUGACUCCAGCAGCCUGAGUGGAAUGACAGAUAUGACGGACGACAGUGGGGCUCUCAUUACAGAGGACUGCUCCAGCAUCAAACUCAACACAGGGUUCUACCUGUGCUGCCAGCAGUUCUACGCCAUGUUCAUGAAGAGAGCCAUGUACAGCUGGCGCAACUGGAAGAUGGUGGCAGCCCAGUUCCUUGUGCCUCUGGUUUUCACUGCCUUUGCCCUCAUUGUUGCCAAGACCUUCCCAGGACCCAGGGACUCCUCCCUGCUGAGGCUGAUGCUGGAGCCCUACGGCCAGACUAUUGUGCCUUUCUCUGUCUCAGCUACCUCGGGGCUGUCGCAGAGGUUAGCCGAGCAGUAUGUCGAGCUGCUGGAUUCCCAGCACCAGUCGCCGCUGGAGGUGCUAGGCGGCCUGGAGCAGUACCUCAUCUCGCGAGCGUCCGAGGAAGGGGGAGCCUUCAACGAGCACUACAUCGCCGCUGCCUCUUUCGAGGCCUUUGGAAACCACACGGUGGUCACCGCGCUGUUCAACAACCAGGCGUACCACUCCCCUGCCACCGCGCUCAUGCUGGCCGACAACGCCGUCUUCCGCGUGCUGGCGGGCCCCAAUGCGUCCAUCACGGUCACCAACUACCCGCAGCCCCGCAACAUCACCGAGAAGGCCAAGGACCAGCUCAUGGAAGGCCAGACGGGGUUCGCCAUCGCCAUCAACCUGCUCUAUGGCAUGGCUUCGCUCGCCAGCACCUUCGCGCUCCUCCUGGUCAGCGAGCGGGCCAUCAAAGCCAAGCACGUCCAGUUCGUCAGUGGGGUCUACGUGGUCAACUUCUGGCUCUCUGCCCUGCUCUGGGACAUCAUCAACUUCCUCAUCCCUUGUGCUCUCAUGCUGGUGAUCUUCCAGGCCUUUGAUGUGCAAGCCUUCACUCAAGACAGCCACCUCGUGGACGUGAUGCUGAUCUUCCUCCUUUAUGGCUGGGCGAUUAUCCCCCUUAUGUACCUCCUCAGCUUCUUCUUCUCGGUAGCGGCCACCGCCUACACGCGUCUCACCAUCUUCAACAUCCUCUCGGGCACGGCCACUUUCCUAGCAGUCACCAUCAUGAGCAUUCCAGAACUGGGCUUGGUGGAUCUCUCCAGAACCCUGGAUAAAGUCUUUCUCAUCUUACCCAAUUACUGCUUGGGCCAGUGCAUCAGCGACUUCUACCAGAACUAUGAGUUCAUUCAGUUUUGCACAUCCUCUGUCGAAGCGAUCUUCAUCUGCAAGGCGUUCAAUAUCAGUUAUCAGAUGAACUACUUUUCCUGGGAGACACCUGGGAUUGGACGAUACCUGACAUCCUUGACCAUCCAGGGUUUCUCUUUCCUCUUCCUCCUUUUCCUCAUUGAGACAAGCCUUCUCUGGCGAUUAAAAACUUUGAUCUGUGGCAUCUGCAGGCGGAGAAAAUGGGUGGCGCUCCUGAACAGGGUGCCUGUGCUGCCAGAAGACCGCGAUGUAGCUGAUGAGAGGAAGAAGGUUUUGGAGUCACCACCAGAGCUGCUGUCAUCACUGAGCAGCCCCUUGGUCAUCAAAGAGCUCACUAAGGUCUAUGACAGUCGGGAGUCCCUGCUGGCAGUGGACAGGAUCUCCUUGGCAGUCGGCAAAGGUGAAUGUUUUGGCCUCCUUGGCUUCAACGGAGCAGGCAAAACCACCACCUUCAAGAUGCUGACUGGCGACGAGAGCAUCACGUCAGGUGACGCUUUUGUGGACGGCCACAGCAUUCUGGCCAACAUCAAAAAGGUGCAGCAGCGCAUUGGCUACUGCCCGCAGUUCGAUGCCCUCCUGGAGCACAUGACGGGCCGCGAGACCCUGGGCAUGUACGCGCGGCUGCGGGGCAUCCCGGAGCGCUACAUCGGCAGCUGCGUAGAGAACAUGCUGAGGGGGCUGCUCUUGGAGCCCCACGCCGACAAGCUAGUGAGGACCUACAGUGGUGGUAACAAGCGGAAGCUGAGUGCUGGCAUCGCUCUCAUCGGGGGCCCCCCCGUGAUCUUCCUGGAUGAGCCCUCGACUGGCAUGGACCCCGUGGCCCGGCGUUUGCUCUGGGAUGCUGUGACGCGGACACGGGAGUGUGGCAAAUCCAUCAUUUUCACUUCCCACAGCAUGGAAGAAUGCGAGGCCUUGUGCACCCGCCUGGCCAUCAUGGUGAACGGGCAGUUCAAAUGCUUGGGCAGCCCCCAGCACUUGAAAAGCAAGUUCGGCAGCGGCUACACGCUGCUGGCCAAGACGCGGAGCGAUGAGGAGGGCGAGCUGCUGGCCUUCAAGGCCUUUGUGGAGAAGACUUUCCCAGGUAGUGUUCUGAAACAUGAACACCAGGGCAUGGUGCAUUAUCACCUGACCAACAAGAACCUGAGCUGGGCACAGGUCUUUGGGGCCUUGGAGAAAGCCAAAGAGAAGUAUCACUUAGAAGACUAUUCGGUUAGCCAGAUAUCCCUGGAGCAAGUCUUCAUGAGUUUCACUCGCUUCCAGCACUACACAGAGGACCGAGGGAAAUGAACCCACUGGUGCCCUUCUUCAUGAACUGGCCCUGCUGCCUAUACAUACUAUAUAGAGAGACUUUAAUUUA